AUGAGUGUCGAACGUACAAAAUGCAGUAUUCUAAUGAGACGCCUUGGACGUAGGUUAACCCGUUUAACUAAGGACUGCCAAGAUGCAACACAAGAGCUAUCAUUUCUGCUUAGAGAUUUCAUGAAGUAUAUUGAACAGCAUAUUGAUAAUAAUACACCAGAUUCAGCCACAAGCAAUAUUAUAUCGACUCUGGUUCUGGUAUCCGAUAUACUGGGCGAUGACCUUCUUGGUAUAUUAUCUAAGUUUCACCAAGCAUCUGGGAAUAUCCUUACAACAUGCACAUAUUCACGCGAACCAAUUGUAGAUUCCCCAGAUAUCAGCUCAUUGUGUAAAUAUGACUUACUCACCAAAGGCUCUGUUGAAAAAUGCUUGCAUCGACCGUUUGACAAUAAAUACUUUCUAGAACAUUUACAUAGCUUUACGCGACUCCUUCACAUGCUGGAAACAAGCUAUGGGUUGCAGGAAGCCGGACUUACGUCUCAAAUUUCAUAUCUGAGAGGGAAAUAUACAACAAGCGAAGAACUGUCAUCAGAUAUCACUGAAGAAUAUUCACGGGAGUUAGAAAUAGAAUCUAACAAAUUAGCUUCAGAAUUAGCAACUCUAAAUCAAUUGGAGACUAUUCAAAUUCAAUCAAGAAAUAAAUUGAUUGAAAAACAAAAUCAAUUAAAACAUAUGGAUGAUGUUGAAAGGAUUCUUCUUCAGGAAAAUUCAUGGUUAAAAUUAUUGACAAAUAUAAUUGAUUUAGAAUACAAUUCGUGUAAACAAGCCUCAGAAGGAUUGAUUUCCAUUUCCCAAUCACUUUAUAAUCUUAAAGAUUAUAGCAUUCAGCUUCUUAAGAGUUUGUCGAGCAUAAAUCAAUCAAAUGAUUUCACAGAAUAUGAUGAAUCAAUUAAAAACAAGGUCUCGAAAUAUUUUGAAGAUGCUGUUAUUCACCUACUACUAACUUCUCCACUCCCAUCUGAGCUAUCCGAUAAGCUUAAAACAAACGAAAAUCGUUCAGAAAUGAUCCUUGAUGUUCUACAUUCUCUUCAGUCUAAAUUGAAAUCAUCUGAAGAUUCACUUAAGAUUGAAUCUGAACAACUAGAUAUAUGUAUACAACAAAUUCGUAAACAAUUACUUGAUGUGAAACAAACAUUUGAUCUUCCGGAUUCACUUAUUUCGUGCGAUGCACCUUCACAUUGUGAACAACUCAAUCCUGAACGUAUUCGUUUUACUUGGAGAGGUCUUUGUUCAACGGAGCUUAUAGAUUUAUUUGCUAAUACUUGUAAAGAUAUAAAUGACUUAGUUGAACAGCUGAAUCGUCUGGAACUUGAAGCAGAUAUUACUUUUCCUCAUAUGUAG